CAGCUCAUCCCAGUUUUGAGUUUCAGUCGCCGGCCCGGGCAUCUCUGGAAGAGGAGGUGCAUUGGGAGUGGAGGAGGGAUAAAAAGCCUGGUUCAGUGCGCUGCGAGUGUGGACCCAGGACUCGGCCAGAACCCCCCCUCGCCACCCGAGGUCAUCUGAAAUACAUUAAAACCCCCGCAGAAGAGCCGUCCUCGGCCGUCUAGCUGUGUUGACACUCCGACGAGGAGGAUUCCUAUUUGCUGGGGGGGAAGCACACCCAUGCAUGUAGCAGCAGCUCUUCCAAGAGGCUGACUUUUUAUUUUUUUCCCCCCUCUGUCCUCAAGUCAAAUAUUUUUCCAAGCUCCAGAGGGCAAGAGAGUGUCAGAGAGAGAGAGAGAGAGAGAGAGAGAGAGAGAUCAGCGCUCUUGGAAGAAAUCCGCCUUUACUUCGCAACAACUUGAGGCUUUUGGGAGUCGGCGCCGGGGCGGCUGUGUCCAAGCGGGAAGAAGGUCCUCAAGACAAAACACCGGCCGUAUCAUAACUCACGGCCCAGGCGAGGUGGGUUUUCAAGGAAACCGAGCGGUGGUCAUACAUACACAGGAAACCCCCGAAGGCUCGCAGAGGUUAAAACUCCAGGAACUGAAGCCGCACAGCAGAGGAGCGACUCGACAGCCAGGGUAUCCCAACCAAGCCUCCCAAACUUGUCGGUCAGCAUGUCGCGUUGGGGUCGGAAAAACGUGAAGAAAACACCCGAGGUGAUUCGCACCGUGACGGAGGGGCUCAAGUCCCUGUACCGGAAGAAGCUGCUGCCCCUGGAGCAGUACUACGGCUUCCAUGACUUCCAUUCUCAAAGCCUGGAGGACGCAGACUUCGAUAACAAGCCCAUGGUGCUGGUGGUUGGACAGUACUCCACGGGGAAGACCACCUUCAUCAAGUAUCUGCUGGAGCAGGACAUUCCCGGGAGCAGGGUGGGGCCCGAGCCCACCACCGACUGCUUCACUGCCAUCAUGCACGGGGAGGUGGAGGGAGUCAUCCCCGGAAACGCCCUCAUUGUGGACCCCAACAAGCCCUUCCGCAAGCUCAAUCCCUUCGGCAACACUUUCCUCAACAGGUUCCAGUGUGCCCAGCUGCCCAACCAGGUGCUGGAAAGCAUCAGCAUCAUCGACACGCCGGGAAUCCUGUCCGGGGCCAAGCAGAGAGUCAGCCGAGGUGAGGGCGGUGGCCAAGGCUACGAUUUCCCGGCAGUACUGCGGUGGUUCGCGGAGCGCGUCGACAGGAUCAUCCUGCUGUUCGACGCCCAUAAGCUGGAGAUCUCGGACGAGUUCUCCGAGGCCAUCGGCGCGCUGAAAGGCAACGAAGACAAGCUGCGCGUGGUGCUCAACAAGGCCGACAUGGUGGACACCCAGCAGCUGAUGCGCGUGUACGGCGCGCUCAUGUGGUCCCUGGGCAAAGUGUUCGGCACCCCGGAGGUGCUGCGUGUCUACAUAGGUUCCUUCUGGUCCGAGCCACUGCUGGUCCCAGACAACCGCAGGCUGUUUGAGUUGGAGGAGGAGGACCUGUUCACCGACAUCCAGAACCUCCCCCGCAACGCGGCCCUGCGGAAGCUCAACGACCUGGUCAAGAGGGCACGUCUGGUCAGGGUCCAUGCCCACAUCAUUAGCUAUCUGAAGCAGGAGAUGCCUUCAGUCUUCAGGAAGGACAAUAAGAAGAAGAAUCUGAUCACCCAGCUGCCGGUGAUCUUCGCCAAGAUCCAGUUGCAGCAUCACAUCUCGCCUGGAGACUUCCCAGAUCCUGCCAAGAUGAAGGAGCAACUCAUGGUUCACGACUUCACCAAGUUCAAGACCCUGAAGCCCAACCUGAUGGCAGCUCUGGAUGAGCUGCUGUCCACCGACAUUGCCAAACUGAUGCCCCUCCUGCGGCAGGAGGAGCUGGAGGCCGGCGAGCAGCUCGGGGUGCAGGGCGGGGCCUUCCUGGGGACCCGAGCCGGUCCCUUCACGGAAGGAGACCCCUUCACUGUGGAGAACGGAGAGGAGUGUGAGGAGGAGGAGGACUGGGUGGUCAACAAAGACAAGCCCAAGUACGACGAGAUCUUCUAUAACCUCGCCCCCAAUGAGGGCAAGCUGAGCGGCACCAAGGCCAAGGACUGGAUGGUGAGCACCAGGCUGCCCAACUCGGUGCUAGGCCGCAUCUGGAAGCUGUCGGAUGUCGACCGCGACGGUAUGCUAGAUGAUGAAGAAUUUGCCCUGGCCAGCCACCUGAUAGAAGUCAAACUGGAUGGCCACGGUUUGCCCCCCGAGCUCCCAAGCCGUCUGAUUCCCCCGUCAAAGCGCCGGCAGAAAGGCUCGGACGCAUAGACGGUUCAACACACUGCCCCCUGGACGAGAGAGAGAGACUCUCCUCUUAUGGCUGCCAUAGUCGUGCUACUGUUUCUAUCUAUUCCCUGUCAGACCUGGGUCAAAACACCACGAGAGCUGGAAUCAGUCACUUUUCUGUGACCUGAUUUCGGCUUUGCACGACAGAACACAUUCGAGCGUAGGGCCCUAAAUUCGGAAGUGAAGGCAGUCUUGCUGAGGGUGAAGUGCAAGUGAAAGCAAAAACGCCGCGUGUAAAUGUUAAAGAUUCAAAACACAAAGUCGCCCAGGUCUGGUCACUUCCUCCCCUCGUUCUCCUUAAACUUCGCAUUCGAUAAUUUGCUUUGAAGAGUAUUACCCUUUAGUAUUUUCUAAUCAGAGGUCAAAAUAAAGGCUUGAGCACUGUGUUAAGCAGUAUUUACGAUGUGUAUUUACCAUGUUUGAAAUGAUACAAGAGGAUCACCUUUCCCGUGUUGAAAAUGCAGGAAGGUCAACAUUCCUACGGAGACUAGAUGAGGGUGGUGCAGAAUUGUGCUCCGUCACAAAUUGGUGAAAUUCUGCCACCUGACGCUCUGCUAUUUUCAACGAGGGUGUCGUCUUUGUUGCAACAAGAGAGACCAGUUUUGUUUUUUUUAAUCACGUAGAAACGCAUAUUCCUCCUCCUCAGAUAGUGUAUAUGAAGUGUUUUUCAGCUCACGCUGCCGUCGCCAAGCCAAUAAACUAAAGGCAUCUUGCUUAAAUACUCCUCCUGCCACACCGCCGUCCUCCUCCGCCGAGCGCACACCCGCUUCAGGGUGUUUUUCUAAGUAUUGCUUUUUUUUGUUUUGUACGUCGAGGAACAAGACCUCUUUGUCGUUUAAACGAAUGUCACAUGCAAUGAUGAAACUGUCCUUAGAAAGUAUUUGAUAUCUUACUGACUACUGUUCACGGCUCCACCAGUUGUUGCCCCCCCCCCAUGUUAACUGUUAUUAUCAUAACCAAAUAAAGUUUAUUGACUGUG